AUGGCAGUAUCAUCGGGAGGUCUUCAUCAAGAGAUUGAAGACUGUAUACAGGAAAUGUCACGGCUCAAAGUUGCGGAACUCAAAUCAGUCUCUCGGUCUAUUGGGCUUUCUCUCAGCGGCAGGAAAGCAGACUUACAAGAUCGGUUACGUGCUUACUUGAGGAACUCAUGUAGAGUUGGUUACAUUGAUCCAUGGAGACCGAAGGCAGUUUCAGUUCUGAUAGGAAAAGCGAGACAAAGCGAACCGUUACCCACAUAUGAAUCAAUUUGGCAAAGCCUUAAGACAGGGGCAUACAGGCAUCCGGUUGCAACAGGACACCAACCACCAAGCUCGCUCCCUACUAAUCCCUUGGUUGUGAAGAUACCGUCGGUACCGACACAGAGCCGAGCGACUUUGCAGUUCAGCGAAUCACCUUUUUACCGUCUUAAAAGGAUGGUCAAUGGUUCACCUCGAAUAGCUGUGAAAAACAAUGGCAGAGGAGUCUGUAGCUAUAAAUUUGUUUUAAACCAAGAUGAGAUGGGGAUACUGCAAAAAGGUCCACAAUUCCGCCUAUAUUUAUUUAGUGGCGUUCUGAAUCCAUUGGAAGCCCAAAGUGACGCUCCCAUCCAAUUUCCACAUCCUAACGAGAUACGAUUCAAUGAAACUCAAGUCAAAGAUAACGUUCGCGGUUUAAAGAAUAAGUUGGGUACUGCCAAACCGGCUGACCUCACGCCAUAUUUGAAGCCAGUUGGUGGUGAGAAUCAUUUGCAACUGAUAUAUGCAUUCACAAAGGAUGAUUAUCUGAUAUAUUGCUACUUAGUUGAAGUGAUAUCGCCAGAAAAGCUUCUUGAAGAAGUACUCCGGCACCCUAAAAUUGUUACCCCUGCCACACUUCAAUAUCUGAAGGAAACUCUUAAUGAAGACGAAGAUGAUGAUUUAGUAACUACGUCAACAGUUAUGACAUUAAAAUGCCCAAUCUCAUAUUGUAGAAUGAAGUACCCAGCAAAAUCUGUACAUUGCCGUCAUCUACAAUGUUUUGACGCUCUGUGGUUUAUUCAGGCACAGCAACAGAUUCCUACCUGGCAAUGUCCAGUUUGCCAAAAAAAGAUCAAAAUACAAGAUUUAGCAAUUUGUGAGUUCGUGGAUAACAUCAUUAGAAAUUGUGACGAUGAAGUAGAGCAGGUCGAAAUUUCGUCGGACGGAUCGUGGGUAGCCAAGGCUGAGGAGGAAACACCGGCUCCGGCUCAGCAUUCUUCGCACCAAGUUAAAAAGGAAGGUUCGGAAAGCUUACAAGACGGCGCUUUGAAUGAUGUCGAUAGUGAGGAAGAAGUGGUUGGAUCACGAAGAAAUAGAGCACAACCGGAACCAAUGGUCAUUUCCUUGGACAGUGACGAUGAAAGUGAAUCCCCAUCUGAUCAACAUCCACCACAACCAGCUAAUAAUAUUUCUCAAACACCUAGCACAACUGAAGAAUCUAAGUUAAAUGGCAGGGGGCCACGUUUGCCUCCAGUAUAUCAAAUAAACCCACAACUUCCACGUGAACAUGAUUCUUUAUCAAAUAUAAUAAACGCAUACAUGGAUACUCAACCUGGUCCUCACCAUAGAACUUUGGAUCCCAGAAGUAAUGGUACAACACCUAUUGGUGCACCCAUGGGGUCGCCUAGUGAGACCUCUUCACACAAUAGUGCGGCUUUUGUCCAGCGGCAUCAUCAAGUUCCAAAUGUUUUGGGUAAAACACCCCUGAACAAUAAUGAUCAACGUGAGCAGAACGAAAUUCAAGGUUCUCCCAGUCCCUCUAAUGCACAUACUAAUGGACCACCGGCAAUGGGAACAUUCGGGGAGAUGAAUAUUCCCUUACUUAACGCUCCAAGAAAUAGAUCUGGGUUCGAACAAAAUGGAAAUGGAAAUGACGGUAUGAACAGCGUAUCUUAUCAGACCGAAAAAUCAUCUAAUCGCAAUAUAAACUCGGGUACUCAAGAGAACCGCUUGCCUUCUCUCAGUGACACGCUGUCUAGCAAUCCUUUGGGUUCCAGCAGUCUAUUGGGAAUAGGUGGCAAUGCGGACACUUUACGAUUGCAUGACCCUCAACCCGCAGGAAGUUUGCAAACGAAUUUAGGGCCUGGGACCGAUAUUGAUACUGUGACUAAUGGGGCUCAGAUGGGUAACGACAGCACAAGCAGUGAAGACCUACCUUUGGCCUCCUUAAAUGGUAAUCUUAAUGGCUACGCUUUCGCUGCAGGAGUUUCCAAUGGCGCAUCGAACACACAAAUAGAGCCUACUGCGAAUAACGCCAAUAUGCAAAGAUCAGCAAAUGGGCAGCUCCCCCUGCCGCCAGUCUCAGUGGCCACUGCAGAGCGUCCCCCUCUACCACCAAUCCCAGCAGCCAUCACUGGAAGAGCAAACGGAUCGGUAAUUAAUGCACCCACUGACAUUCCAGUUAACAUUCCCAGUGCUGUAGCGACCACAAGAAACAAGAAACCCAUCGUCUCUCCAUUUAUUCCAAGAAAGCCUUACAUGAACAUAUUACCCCAAAAGAGACACAUUUCUAAUGGGCAACCUAAAAAUAAUGCAUUACAGGCAUCUCCAGGCAUAGGCGACAAUGUUAAAGAUACAUCUUUACAAUCAUCCACAAAUCUUGCUGGUUCACCACCACUUCUGUCGUCUUCUAGAGCUAACGAACAGGAUUUCAUUGAUCUAACUUCAGAUGAUUAA